AUUCUGUCUUGUCUGUGCAUGACCAUGUCCCCAACGGUUGCUGCCAAAUCAUAUUAAGUUUUAAUGUAACUUGACAUACUAACUUGACCGUUCCUGCAUGAUGCAUUUGGGGUUAUAAGGCGUUGGUAGUGCAAAGCGGCUUCGGCACGGCGAGAUAAGACCCAUAUCUCAGCCGGCCGGGUUCAAGGUUAUGCGAUAUGUCCCAGUUCUUUUUUAACUCUAAGUCUGCAAUACUCGCAAGGUUAACACAAGACGCCGCCUUCACGACCACUUUCAAUAUCUUUCUGCAUUGUUGGAAUUGAGACUUUGCGAUGGCGGCGGUUGCGCGAUCUUGGAUCUGCCGCUCAUGCCAGGGAAAGGCAUUGAGUAGCCCGCCCCUGGUCACACCACGCAGCCGGAACUUCUACUCGACCACUCCGUCGAGCCGCCAGGACAAGCCAUUCCGCAUGGCCGUUGUGGGCUCUGGGCCCGCCGGCUUCUACACGGCCUACCGUGUCAUGUCCAAAAUCCAGCGGGCCAAAGUUGACAUGUUUGAGGCUCUUCCGGUACCAUUCGGCCUGGUCCGCUUUGGCGUCGCGCCGGACCACCCGGAGGUAAAGAACUGCCAGGACAAAUUCGAGGAGGUUGCUGCCUCACCAGACUUCACAUUCAUCGGCAACGUUUCUGUUGGAAAUCAAGGCGGUCAUUUCGAUGGGUGCACGGUGCCGUUGGACGCCUUGAUGCGACAUUACGAUGCAGUCGUCUUCGCCUAUGGCGCCAGCAAGGACAAGAAGCUCGGUGUGCCGGGGGAGGACUUGAAAGGUAUUUACUCAGCCAGAGAAUUUGUCGGGUGGUACAACGGUCUUCCCGAGUAUGCAGACUUGAACCCCGACCUGACGCGCGGGGACGAGGCGGUCAUCAUCGGCCAGGGUAACGUGGCGCUCGACGUCGCCAGGAUGCUGCUCGAGAACGUUGAUGUGCUACGGAAGUCUGACAUUACCGAGGCUGCUAUCGAAACACUACUUAGGAGCCGGGUUAAGCGUGUGCAUGUUGUUGGGCGCCGCGGGCCAAUGCAGGCUGCUUACACAAUCAAGGAAGUCAGAGAACUGAUGAAGCUGCAUGAUGUAGGCUUCCACCGGAUUGAUAUGGGCCUCGUGCCCGAUGAGAUAUCAAAGUUGCCGAGGGCUCAGAAAAGAUUGAUGGAAGUCAUCGUCAAGGGCUCGACAGCGAAGGAGGAUGUUGCCAAGACGUGGUCGUUAGAUUUCUGCCUUUCCCCAGCCGAGUUCCGUGGGGAUCCACUGGCGGGCCUUCAAAGCACCUUGUUUGAGCGCACUUUGUUGUCCGCACCGUUCGACCCAACUUCCAAGGUAAGGGGGACAGGCGAGAAACUCGAGGUUCCUUCGGCGUUGGCGUUCCGGUCGAUAGGGUACAAAUCAGUUGCACUACCUGGAUUCACGGAGGCAGGUAUCCUGUUCGACGAUAGGAGCGGUGUGAUCCGGAAUGACGGCCUAGGAAGAGUGUUCACUCGUGGGGCAGUAGAUGCGAGUGCUCCAACGCACUUGGGUGGUGUGUAUUGCGCAGGCUGGGUGAAGAGAGGGCCGACGGGUGUCAUUGCUUCGACCAUGCAGGAUGCCUUUUCCACUGGUGACGCUAUAGCAGCUGAUUGGUCCUCGGAAGCUUCUUUCCUGGGCAAUGGUGGAAGUCAUGGAUGGGACAGCUUGAGACACGAGGUGGACACCAGCAAAUCCACAGUCAUCACGUGGCAAGAUUGGCAUAAAAUAGACAAGGCGGAAAAGGAAAGAGGCAGCAAGAUUGGCAAGCAGAGGGAGAAGUAUACGAGGAUCUCGGACAUGCUGUCAGCUGCGUCUUGAAGCAUAAAUAGACGAGACGGAUGAGGUGA